AUGGGAGCGGCUGAGAUCAUCGUGAAUGAAAUCAGUCUUGCAGCACUGGCACCGCCCCACCGCCAAAAACCCCAAACCCCAGCGCCGCACUUUGCCCCCCCACCCCACCAACCAAACAACAACAGAUGUGCAAGAAAAGGCCUCCCAACCACCCCCAAACCCCGCCAUAGCAGGAACUGUCCACCACCACCACCAUCCCACAGGCGCCGGCACCGCUUACCACCAAGACAAUCCCCAGCGCCAGCACUGCCCCCCAACCACCACCAUCCUCAGCGCUCCACUGCCCAACCAUCGCCCACCCCCACCAACUGCAGCUCCGAACCUCCGCGCCUCCCCCACCCACCCCGCCCCACCACCGCCACCACUAAACCCCAGCUCCAGCCACCAGCCCCCCCCACCACACCAAUCCUGCAUCAGCACUGCCCCCCCCCACCACCAACCCCAGUGCCAGUACUGCACCCACCACCCAACCCAACCCCAAGCACCAGCACCAGCCUCCCACCACCACAAAACCUAGCGCCAGCACCGCCCCCCCACCACCGCCACCAGCCACCAACCCAGUGCCAGCACCGGCCCCCCCACCACCAGCCCCCGCGCCAGCACCAAACCCUCACCACCAUUAACACCAGCACGAGCACUGGCCCCCCCACCAGCACCUACCCCAGAGCUGGCAUCGGGCCCCUACCACCACUAACCCAGCGACAGCAAUGCCCCCCAACCACCACCAACCCAGUGCCAACACCUAGCCUCCAACAAGCACCUAUCCCAGAGCUGCCACCAACCCCCACCACCACUGUCUCCAGCGCUGGAACCGUGCCAGCACUGCCCACUACCACAAACAUCACCAGCGCCAGCAAGGCCCCCACCAUCAACGUCCCCAGUCCCAGCUCACCCCCCACCACCACCACCAUCCCUGGCCCGGCACUGGCCCCCACCACCACUAUCCCUAGUGCUGGGACUGCUCCCCACCACCAUGUUCACCAUCAUCAGCCCCGGCACCGCACCCCCAACCCACCCCACCAUCCCCCCCAUGGCACCGAAACCCCCACCACCACUAUCCCCAGCGCUGGCACUGCUCCUCACUACCAUGAUCACAUCAUCAGCCCCAGCACUGCACCCCCACACCACCAUCCCCACCCCACCCCACCACCCCCACCUCCCACCACCACCAUCCCCCCACCACCACCACCCACCACCACUCCCACUAUCCUAGGCCCCUCCUGCCACUGCCACCCCCACCACCACCAUCCCCCAGCUACCGCACCCCCACCACCAACAUCCCAGUCCCCCCACCCCCACCAUCCAUCCUUGUCCCCCUCACCACCACCACUCCCACUCCCACCACCACAAGCCCCGUCCCCCCGUCCCCCCUGCGCUGCACCCCCCACCACCACAUCCCUGGCCCCCUGCCACCACACCCUCUCACCACCACCAUCCCCAGCCCCAGCCUCCCCACCAUCACCAUCCCAACCCCCCUCCCCACCCAACCCACUGCACCCCUACCACCACCAAUCCCAUCCCAGUCCCCCCGCCACUGCACCACCACCAACCACACCAUCCCCCUGCCACUGCACCACCACCACCACCUUCCCUCACCCCCCCCCACUGCCACCCCCACCACGGACCAUCCCCAGCCCCCCCUGCUACCAACACCCCCACCACCACCAUCCCUGCCCUCGUGCCACCACACCCCCACCACCAUCCUUGCCCCCCCGCCACCGCAUCCGGAUCCACACCACCACCAUCUCUGGCCCCCUUGCCACCGCACCCCCACUGCCACCAUCCCCGCUCACCACCACACCCCCACCACCAUCCCCGGGCCCCCGGCGCCGGACCGCCCACCAGCACCACCAUCCCCGGCACUCCGGCGCCGGGACUGCCCACCACCACCACCCACCACCCACCCCAGCGCCAGGACCUCCCACCACCACCAACAACCCCAGCGCCAGUACCAGCCCCCCACCACCACCAACCUCAGCACUCCACUGCCCAACCAUCGCCCACCACCAACUGCAGCACCGGAACCUCCCCUCAUCCACCAUUUCACGGCCCCACCACCGCCACCACCAACCCAGCUCCAUAACCAGCCCCCCACCCACCACCACCAAUCCCUGCACUGGCACCGCCCCCCCACCUCUAACAACCCCAGUGCUAGCACCACCCCCACCACCACCUACCCGAGUGCCAGCACCAGGCCCCCCCACCACCACCAACCCCAGCACCAGCACCUACCCCAGAGCCGGCACCAGGCCCCCCACCACCACUAAACCAAGCGCCAGCAACGCCCUCCAACCACCACCAAACCCAGUGCGGUCACUGUCUGGCACCGCCACCACCAAACCCCCAGUGCUGGCGACACCCCCUGCCCCACCACCACCACCCCAAGCACCUUGCCACCAGCCCCCCCCCCCACCACCAACCCCUUGCUGGCACCUGGCCGGCCCCCAGCCACCACAACCCCAGUGCUGGCACCGGCCCCCCCACCACCACCACAGAUCGCCGGCACUGGCCCCCCACCACCACCACAACCCCGCACCACGCACCAGCCCCCCCCCCCACCACCAACCCAGUGCUGGCACCGGCCCCCCACCAUCAACCCCCGCCGCCGGCACCACCACCACCAACCCAGCACCACACCAGCCCCCCACCACCAAACCCAGUGCCGGCACAGCCCCCCACCACCACCACCCAGCACCAGCACCAGCCCCCCCCCCACCAACACCCCAUGUGCUGGCGCCCCCCCCCCCACCACCAACCCAGUGCUGGCACCGGUCCACCACCAACCCCAGUGCCGGCACGGCCCCCCUCCACCACCACCACCAACCCCAGCACCAGCACCAGCACCCCCCCCACCAUCAACCCCAGCGCCGUCACCGCCUCCCACCACCACCAUCCCAAAUACAACACCCAACAUCACCAACCCCAGCGCAAGCACGGCCCCCACCAGUCCCGGCUCAACCCCCUGCCACCACCAUCCCCGGCCCCGGCACUGGCACACCACCACUAACCCCCAGCGCUGGGACUACUCCCCCACAACCAUGA